AUGGUGGUGUGGUUUGGAGUGGAAUUGGAAUGGCUGUUUGAUGGUUUUGCUGGAAUAGGGGUCGCAACAUCGAGUAUCGAAUCUGGACAAGGCCAACGACAGAAAAUGACCGAAAAUUUGUCGAAUACGUCCAAUCACCAGAGACUGGACGAAAUGUUCAUUCAUUUGACACCAAAAGGUGCCACCGUGCCGUACAGCUUGUGUGUGGAUAGUGAACGUAACGUUUGGGUGGCUUCAAAGGGUGGUUUAUUCAAAUUCGAUUCAACCGGCAAAAAUUUGCUGUUCGAACGCCGGAAUCCGUUCCCGAAGAAGAUAUCACCGUAUUGUCAAGUGCUCUAUUGUGAUGGGAAG